AUGUACGAGGUGCCGAGGCCAGCUCUCAUCGCCGCUCUGACGGCGCCCAUGGCCGGAGCCUUCUUCUUGCUACUCAAAACCGGGAACGCGUGCCUCUACGCCGGGAACGUUGUGAUAGGGACCUGCACGGGAGCCAUCACCUCCGCCGCCGCCUCCGCAACCUCAGAGCUCUUCGGGACCAAGUUCUUCGCCGUCAACCACGACACCGUCGUCUCUAACAUCCCCAUAGGGUCGUUCCUUUUCGGCUUCUUCGCGGCCUUCGUGUACCAGAGAGGCGAGAACGGACGGGGGGUUUGCAUGGGAGCCCAGUGCUACGAGAGGACGUUCCUCGUCUGGGGCUGCCUCUGCGCUGUUUCCACACUACUCUUCGCCGUCCUCCACAUCCGAACGCGGAAGAAUCGAUCUGUGGUUAGUGCGUGAUCCAUGGGCAAUGUGGAAACCCCCUGCCUCCGCCCGUUUCGUAGAUUGAUCAGAUACAUACGUGUAUUACAUAUAUUACACAUGAUGGAGAGAUAUGUACACGCGUCCACACACGUGUGGAGGGAGGGAGAGAGAGAGCAUAAGAAUGGAACGUAGAGCGCAUACUGGAACAUACUCCUUUCCUACGAUCUCUCUUUCUUGCUUUCCGAGUAUGCGCAUGUGCCUUCAUUGCUGAGAUUUUUUUGGUUAUUUAAUGGGAGGUUAGUGAGAGGUUAGCCUGCUUGCCAAGUCGCAACGGUGAUUGGUCAUCCCAUUUAAUUUAUGGCCAGGUUUUUAAGAUGCGAAGACUUUGGGCUGCAAUGAAGGGAAGUGCACCCAAUAGGAAAACAGGGUAGAGGAGUAGUACCGGAGAUUUAUUAUCUAUAUACGGUUUUACGAGAAUGAUGGCAAUAACGCUAUUAUAAGGAAAAUGGAUAUUGAAUAAGAAACAACGUGCUUUCAGGAAAAAAACUGGGACUAGGAAAUGGAAUCCUAGAAUGGCACCUUUCAUCUCCGCAAAAUAUAUCAGCAGCCUAUUUAUUAGUCAUGUUUUUAAGGAACCCAUCCGCCCGAAAUGAGUUUUUUUUCUCAUUUGUGGAAAAUAUUUAAUAUGAACCUUAUCUUGAGGACCGCUAGAUUGAUUGCACGUGCCCUCGAUUGCAUAAAAAUAGGUUAUGAGCCUUGAUGUCAUGAUAGAGCUUGUUUUCGUGAGAUUAUUCAGCUGAUAAAUAAGACAAAAUUAUAACACAGAAAAAUAAUCUAUAUACUCAGCUUGAACUCGAUGAUCGCAAUGCUAUGUAAUUUAAUUUCAAUAAUUUUUUAAUCCGACCGUGAAUAUUCCCUUUUGACAGCCUAUUCGAAGGUCGAUGUCGAUGGGGCUUUCGGUGCCUCCAGCGAAGACUUGGUUCGGAGGCCCCUGUGGUCUCAGACAUGAGCUGAAAAGUUUCGAUUGA